GGAAGGAGUCAGGGGUAUGACACCGCUCGGGCUAACCCUGGAACCCACGGAGCACCUGGGAGUUCGGCAGCUCAGCUCCACAGCUUCGACGCACGGUCCCCACGCGCGCCGUUUGACGCGACCUUGGACCUGGACAGGGGUUUGAGUGAAGAACCCACAACACAAUAUCGAUAGCGCUGAUAUCACUGAAACCAAAAACUGCAUUCCAUCCAGAUCAUCCUCGCCAUCUUCAUAUCAAACCAGUCACCAGCCACAGCCCAACAUGUCUGCCUUCCUCCGCUCCGUCUCCCGCGCUGCCGCCCGCCCCCAGGUGGCUGCUGCCCGUGCCUUCUCCUCCACCCCCCAGCGCCCCUAUGCCAAAAUCACCAUCGUCGGCAACCUCGCCGACACCCCCGACCUCCACUCCAGCAACAGCGGCAAAGAGUACCUCCGCUACGCCGUAGCCUCCAACAGCGGGUCUGGCGAGAACAGGAAGACCAGCUGGUUCAACAUCACCGUCUUCCCCACCAGCACCAACGCCCGUGAUUUCUACCUGUCUCUCGAGAAGGGGACCAUGGUCUUGGUCGAGGGCCAGGCGUCUAUCGACACGUACGAGGAUGCCGAGGGCAAGCCCGUCAGAACUUUGGGUAUUGUGCAGCGCGCCCUUGAGGUUCUUCGCCGCCCCGCCAACCGCGAUGCUCCGGCUGAGGAGUAA